CGGAUAGGCUCGGUAAGAUCAAUAUCACGCCCAUCAAAAGUCUUUGCAGGCUCGUGGCAUAUUGUGAAGUCACAUAUUCCUACAAACAGUCAGACUGAAGCUAAACCAUGCUAGCAACAAGGACUUUGCUGUCAAAACAAACCCUGGCUGUUCUUUCUCGUCAGCCUGCCUGCUUUGUGCACCACGGUGACUAUGGCAACUGGGGGAAUACCAAUAUUGCACUGGUUUUCUCAGGAUGUGGAUGGUGGGAUGGGACUGAUGUCCAUGAGGGUGUAUACACCAUGUACCACCUGAGCCGCAAUGGCGCUCGCUUCCAGAUGUUCGCUCCGAACCAGCAGCAGAUGCAUGUGAUUGACCACAUGAGGAAGCAGCCCGCCUCUGGCGAGAACCGGAACAUGAUGAUGGAGUCAGCUCGCUUCAGUCACGGUCAGGGAAUGAUGCAAAUGCAGGAUCUUUCCAAGCUGGAUGUCAACAGCUUUGAUGGGGUCAUCUUUCCUGGAGGCCAUGGGGUCACCAAGAACCUAUCCUCUUUCAUUAAGGAUGGCAAAGACUGCAAGCUGCACAAUGACGUGGAGAGAGUGCUGAAAGAUUUCCACCGUUCACGCAAGCCUAUUGGACUGGCCAGCAUGGCUCCUCUGCUGGCCUGCCGUGUCCUGCCCAACAUUGAGGUGACCAUGGGCUACGAGCGGGACGAAAACACCCGCUGGGGGAAUUGGCCCAACACGAACAUGGUGCAGGCUGUGAAGGGCAUGGGAGCUCGCCACAAUGUCCGCGAGCCAUACGAAGUCUAUGUGGAUGAGAAGAACAAGGUGGUGAGCACUCCAUCCUUCAUGUGGGAGACUGACUAUCACUAUCACUACAUCUUUGAUGGCAUUGGAAACAUGGUCAAACACGUCAUGCGCAUGUCAACCAAGUGAGGUGAUGCGGGGGAAGAAACACAGGAAGCUGGUAUUACAACAUACACGUCUGUGCUAUGAUGAAACCACUUUCCUGAAAUCUUUUAAAUGUUUUAGUUAAAGAGAAAAUGGUUCGUUGUGUGUAAUUGAUGGUCGUUAUGGGCAAACGUGUUUAGACGAACCAAAUUAUGUGUGAGUAUAAAGUGGAGAGUAAUAGGAGCGAGUACCCUUCACGAGGCGACUCGGAAAAAAUAGUCAUGGGAUGGCAGUUGCUUCUGAUCUUUUGUCACAGUUCUGGGACAUUAGUUCAACAGUUCAUUACACCCACACACCUUACAUAAACAGUAACUGUGUAUUUUGUACCAGAAAGGCUGAAUCAGUGUUGAUCCACUCCUUAUAUGGCGAUGUGCAGUGGCCUAAAUCAUGUAUCACUCUCUGAUCCAACUGAAAUAAUAAAAUGUGAGAUGUUACAUCCUUGAAAUAAACUAAAAUCCUAUGGACAGCC